CAAUAGUAUAGCAGAUGGGAACGAACCUGAACUUAUGUUUAAGUGCACAGACUAGACACAUAGAUGUUUUGAAUGGACGCAUGAUCUAUCCAAGCUGGGAGGUAAGACUUUAAACAGAUAAACACAACGUAAUUGGAGAUACACACUUCCUGAUGUUUUGUCACAGUCCACGUCUUCCCCCAACGCAGCCGCCGGAGAUCAUGGGGACACGGGAGGUGUAUGAAGAGAAGCUCCGAAGCGGCGCCCACCUCCACCGUGACCCCACGAUCAACCCUGGCCUUGGCUCUGCCCGCUGCCCUCGGUGUCUCUCCCUUCUCAACCCUACCACCAACUCUGGAGAGGGCGACUGGGCUGUCACCUCUGUCCUGCACGAUGCCACCUCUGUGACUGGUGCGGGUGCCGGCGCGAUGCUCAGUGCCGUCCACGGGUUUAAUACAGGGAUCCCGUUUGUCCAGAAGCAUGUGAAGGGGCCAAAGUGGCUGCAUUUACUUGUUGGGGUCCCUCCUUUGAUCCUACUCUCUGGUGCAAGUUCUUUAUUUGGUGCAUAUGCCCUCCCGACUUUUGCUCAACUCACUGUGACAUCGUAUUAUGCUGCAUCAAGUGCCUCACACUAUGCAAUUUCACAGAUCACGCGCCAGAUCGAGAAGUUCCAUCUAUCGGGCACUAAUGAGAAAUCUUCAUGAGCUGCUCUCAAUCAGUUUGAGUUGGUGCAGAUGCCAUGUACAUGGUACAUAUGGACUCCCUGCUUCUGCAUGUUGCAAUAGGCUGAUAGUUUUGCUGAGUUCCAGGCUCUCAAACCUGUUAUACCAUGCGUAUAAUUAAUUGUUAUAUAAUAGAAUUUUGUUAAUUGUUAUUCAUGUCACGUUUAAGAACAUAUAUAUUCUUUUC